ACAACAACACUUCCGUUUUUGUCUUCUCAUAUUUUAUUGUUUUGAACUUGUCUUUGUUGUUGUUAUUGUUAAGGAGCUUUCCCCCUCUUUGAACCCUACAUCUUCUUGUAAAUCUCAUAAUUUUAAGGCGGUCAAGCUCCUGAUUUCUGCAUUGUGAGUUCUUUUUCUUGGCUAUUAUAAAUGUGGAGAGAUCCUGGACAGCCUGCUGAUUCAUAUUAUCAGGUCCGGCCUGAAUGCACGGAUGUUCCAAAAACCAGAUUCAAAAUCAAGGCAGGUAAAACUCUAAGUCCAAGGAAAUGGCAGGCUGCAUUUACACCCGAAGGAUACCUGGAUAUAAGCAAGACCCUUAGUCGAAUCUACCGUGGGGGGAUCCAUCCAGCAAUUAGAGGAGAAGUUUGGGAAUUUUUACUCGGCUGUUAUGACCCUAAGAGUACAUUUGAUGAACGAGAUGAGAUACGGCAACGCAGAAGGAUACAAUAUAUUAGGUGGAAAGAAGAGUGCCGCCAAAUAUUUCCUGUUGUUGGAAGUGGCAGAUUUAUUACAGCGCCUGUAAUCACUGAAGAUGGUCAGCCCAUUCAAGAACCGUUAGUAAUGUUAGAAACAAAUCAAGACAGAGGCCCCUCUGCUGAAACUGGCAAUGCAGAUGGCAAUGGCACAAAUCAAUCAAGAAUAAAUGCUUCCUGUUCAGAAAUGGUGAGAGAGCUUACUAGCCAUGGUCCUUUGGACCAGAAAGUGAUCCAAUGGCUGCUCACCUUGCAUCAAAUAGGUCUCGAUGUACAUCGCACUGACAGGACAUUGGUGUUUUAUGAGAAGCAAGAGAACUUGUCAAAACUUUGGGACAUUCUAGCUGUUUAUGCCAGGAUUGAUACAGAUGUCGGCUAUUGUCAAGGAAUGAGUGAUCUUUGCUCACCCAUGAUAAUGCUGCUUGAAGAUGAAGCUGAUGCAUUUUGGUGUUUUGAACGAUUGAUGCGCAGAUUGCGAGGAAAUUUCAGAUGCACUGAGAGCUCUGUUGGAGUGGAGACACAACUUAGUAAUUUGGCCGAAAUUACUCAGGUUGUCGAUCCAAAACUUCACCAGCAUUUAGAUGCACUUGGUGGAGGCGACUAUUUAUUUGCUUUCCGUAUGCUCAUGGUUUUGUUCCGCCGAGAAUUUUCAUUUUGUGAUUCACUCUACCUUUGGGAGAUGAUGUGGGCCCUUGAAUACGACCCUGAUUUGUUCUCUGUAUAUGAAGAGCCGGAAUUGAAUGGUGAGAAAGCUGAGGGAUCUAAGGGAAGAACAAAGUCAAUACGGCACUAUGGGAAGUUUGAAAGGGAAAAUAUGAAAAAUGGGGCAGUGAAUUCUGAAAGCCCCCUUCCCAUCUCUAUUUUCCUUGUUGCCAGCGUAUUAAAAGAUAAGAGCUCUACGCUUUUGCAGGAGGCUCGGGGCCUGGAUGACGUUGUCAAAAUAUUGAAUGACAUGACUGGAAAUUUAGAUGCCAAGAAAGCAUGCAGCAGUGCUAUGAAACUUCACAAGAAAUAUUUAAAAAAGGCGAAGAAGCCAUAGCCUACAAUGAAACACAUGAUUUUUUCCCCAGCUGAUAAAUAUUGGGAAGCUUUCAUUUUGUAUUUUAAACUUUCAAUCGAUGCGGUAUACUCCCACACAAAUUUUGGCUUGGAGAUACCAAAACUUUAUUAUUGCUCCAACCUGCAAGAUGGUCUUGCAGAAAGUAAAUUGUUAUCUGUAAACCAGCCUCUUCAACAUAAGAAUCCAUGUACAAAUACAACCAUGUAUCCAUCCAUUUUGUGUUAACAUAUACAUUCUAACUUGAUCAUCAAUGAAAUACAAAGAAAAUCAUUUGCGUGUA